AUGUUCUCUCACUGGAAUUUUAUCCUGCUGUUCGCACAACUUACCACCACACUAGCAUUUCCAAAAGUGCAAAAAAUCAACGAACGACCCAUUAUUGGUAAGGUGUAACUAUUAAUAUUAUUUACAGAUAGCUUAUAUAUGAUAGGUGUAUUGUGAUGUUUACCCAGUCAUAUUACAAUUUUUUAAAUGAAUGGCCUUAUUAGUUGUGACUAUUUGUGUACUUAGAAUGUUAUAUUUUGCAGUACAUUAGCAUUAAAAUGGUUAAAGGAAACCAAGAGACAGAAAUCAAUCCCCUGGUUUUUCAAUACACUAUAUAGCUGAUGUAUAUAAAAAAAAUAGAUAUUUACCAUCAACGUUGUCUAGCUGCACUACUGAGGUAGACUGACUGCAUCUAUAGACAAGAAUAGAUAGGUCUAUCAAGUGAGAAUUCAGAUUUAAUUUAAAGGGACACUAAAGUCACCAAAACAGCUUAAUGAAGCCGUUUUGGUGUAUAGAUCAUGUCCCUACAGUCUCACUGCUCAAUUCUCUGCCAUUUAGGAGUUGUGUCACUUUGUUUAUGCAGCCCAAAUCACACCUUCCUAUAUGUGACUUGCACAGCCUUCCUAAACACUUCCUGGAGAGUCAUCUAAUGUUUAUCCUUCCUUUAUUGCAAAUUCUGUUCAAUUUAAAAAACAUCUUAUCUCCUGCACAGUUAAUAUCUUGCUAGACCCUGCAGAAGCCUUCUGUAUGUAAUUAAAUUAAAGCAGGAGAUAAAAACUUUUAAAGUAAGUUACAUCUGAUUGAAAGUGAAACCAUUUUUAUUCAUGCAGACUGUGUCACUCACAAUCAGGAGAGGUGUGGCUAGGGCUGCAUGGACAGGAACAGAAGUGAUGUAACUCAUAAAUGGCAGAGAAUUGAGCAGUGAAACUUCAGAAUCAUUAUCUAUACACCAAACCUGUUUCAGUAAUCUAAAGUUGUAUUGGUGACUAUAGUGUCCCUUUAAGCGUGAAAAAGACAAACUGGAACUAUUCUCUUAUCUGCUAUGCUUUACCUUACAUUUGAAAUUCACUUUGUAUUCUCACUUUAGUAAAUAAAUCUGUAUGUGAUUAGAUUUUAUGUCAUAAACUCUUGUCAAGCAGGAUCUAUGGGUGCUUGUGAGCUUCUAUGUGUGUCUUUGUUUGUUUUAUUUCUAUGAACAUUUAUAUAAUUAGGUGAUUAGACUGUAAGUUAUAGCCACUCCAGGCUAUGCAUUAAUUGAGAUCUCUGAACAAGUUUUGCAUAAUGAAUUUUUAUGAAAAUGUUUAUCUGUUUCAGGAAUCUUAGCACAAGAAGUUACUGAUAAAGUCUUCUUCCCAUUUGGUAAAACAUACAUUGCAGACUCGUAUGUUCACUUUCUGGAAUCAGCUGGCUGUCGGGUUGCACCAAUCCGGUGAGCAUAAAAUACACAAAUAUAUCCAUCCAUCUCUUUUUUUUCAUCUAUAUAUUUAACCCCUUAAACGACCUAGGACGGUUAGGACCGUCAUCUGCAUUUUUGCGUUGCCAACCGCUGACGGUCUUGAACCGUCCUAACGGUCCAAUGUACUUACCCGAUCGCCAUCGUUCCCCCAGCGGCGAUCAGCGGUGCUCCCGGUGUGGGGAGACUGCCUGCAGCCCAGACAGUCUCCCCAUGGCUGAUUAGGACCCCUGGGGCCAUGUGAUCGCUCAACAGAGCGGUCACAUGGUCACAAUAGGUGUUCUAGUGUCUGCCUGCAGGGGGACUGUCUGUGCUGACAGGCAGUCUGCCUGCAGGGGGACUGUCUGUGCUGACAGGCAGUCUCCCUGCAUGUGUAAAAUGAAAUUUAAAAAAAUAACUGUUAAUGUUAAUUAAAAUAAAAAAUAAAAAAUAAAUAUAUAUAUAUAUAUAUAUAUAUAUAUAUAUAUCUCAUGUCAUAUUAAGUGUAUUUUUAUAUUAAUAUGUACUUAUAUUAAUAUAAAAAUACACGUAUAAUUAAAUUACACAUGUGUGUAUAUAUAUAAUAACUAUAUAUAUUGUGUGUGUGUGUGUAUGUAUAUAUAUAUAUAUAUAUAUAUAUAUAUAUAUUAUAAAAUACAAAUAAUAAGUAAAUUAAAUUAAAAAAAUUAAAAAUAAUAAUACAAAUUUAAAUAAAAUUAUAUAUGAAAUUUUAUCCUAACUGUAUUUUGAUAUUAAAAUAUAUAUAUUUAUAUCAAAAUACACUUAGAAUGAAAUUGUAUAUAUAUCUAUGGAUAUAUAAAUAAAUAAAAAUAAUCCGAAAUAUACAUAUGUCCAUGUGCAAAAUUACAUAAAUAAUUAUAUAAAUAUACACGUAGACUUCAAAUAUAUAAAUAUGCAUAUGUAUUUAAAUUCUACGUGCAUAUUUAUGUAAUAUUUUUACAUAAUUAAGUAAUUUUAUUAAUUGCAAUUUGAGGGACCUGCCAACCCAGGCCAAAAGUCCAGAGAAUUUAAUUUGCUAGCACCGUAUUUUACCUUGUAACUUUCUAUGACACCCUAAAACCUGUACAUGGGGGGUACUGUUUUACUCGGGAGACUUCAAUGAACACAAAUAUUAGUGAUUCAAACAGCACUUUUACUGAUGAUAUAAUUGUUGUGAUACAUAUUCCUGUUUUGAAACACUAAUAUUUGUGUUCAGCAAAGUCUCCCGCGUAUAACAGUCCCCCCAUGUACAGAUUUUAUAGCGUUUUUGAAUGUUACAGGGUCAAAUAUAUGGUUCAAAUAUUUUUACAUUGAAAAUGGCCAGGUUGGUUAUGUUGCCUUUGAGAGUGUAUGGUAGCCCAGGAAUGAGAAUUACCCCCGUGAUGGCAUACCAUUUGCAAAAGAAGACAACCCAAGGUAUUGCAAAUGGGGUAUGUCCAGUCUUUUUUAGUAGCCACUUAGUCACAAACACAGGCCGAAAUUAGCGUUCAAUUUAGUUUUUUACUUUUUUCACACACAAACAAAUAUGAACGCUAACUUUGGCCAGUGUUUGCGACUAGGUGGCUACUAAAAAAGACUGGACAUACCCUAUAUUGAAUAUCCUGGGUUGUCUACUUUAAAAAAAAUAUGUACAUGUGGGGUGUUAUUCAGAGAUUUAUGACAGAUAAUAGUGUUGCAAUGUCACUAUUGAUAAAUUUGAAAAAAAAUUUGUUUUGAAACCGCAAUAUCCUACUUGUACCUAUAGCCCUAUAACUUGCAAAAAAGCAUGUAAACACUGGGUAUUUUUAAACUCAGGACAAAAUUUUGAAUCUAUUUAGCAGUUCUUUUUCAUUCGCUCUUGUAGAUGAGUAAAAGAUUUUUCAAAUAAAAGUCAAAAAACAUGUAUUUUUUUUCCAAUUUUUCAUCAUAUUUUUAUUAAAUUACAUGAGAUUAUAUAAAUAAUGGUGUGUAAAGAAAGCCUUUUUUGUCCUGAAAAAAACAAUAUAUAAUUUGUAUGGGAACAGUAAAUGAGAGAGCGGAAAAUUGCAGCUAAACACAAACACCACAAAAGUGUAAAAAGAGGCCUGGUCGCAAAUGUACAACAUCGCAAAAACAGUCCGGUCCUUAAGGGGUUAAAUACAUGUUUUUUUGUUUUUUUUUGUGUGUGUGUGUUAUGUAAAUACAUUUAUCAAUUUUAAUAGCUGCAUAGGUGACAAGACCUCUUUCUGAAUUGCAUUGUAUGAAUUGAUCAUUCAUGCAGUGAAAGAUCAGACAUUGUGUUUCUGUAUAGCAAUAUUUGUUUUGUCUUUGUCUAGUCAUUCAUGUAAGUGCCUGUUUGCCCAUUUUGGUAACUUGUGAUGGUGGGUCUGGGUGAUGUUAUACAUUUAGACGUGUAGCGGGAAUCUGAGUUUAAUUGCAAACAGGUAGGACUAGUGAUGUCUAGGUAGGAGCUUAGGGUAUAUAUAGCGUGCUGCACUGAUUGCUUCUUUAAUUAAUUAGGACAAUGAAAGAUCCAUGAAAGAGGUGGAUUGUCUUGGUUCUCCCUUCCGCACGAGUCAGUCCAAGAACGAAUGCACCGAGGCCAGGGUACAUGUAAAACAUACUGGCACAUUAUUUAUUAUUAUCAUUUAUAUAGCGCCAACUUAUUCCGCAGCGCUGUACAAUAUUAUAAAGAGAACAUUUUACAAUAAAUGAGACAAUUUUAAAAUGUUACUGGAACAAUAGGUUGAUGAGGAGCCUGCUCAAAUGAGCUUACAUUGAUUGCUUUAGGCUUGUUUUAGAUAUAAGGUAGUGUCAUUAUACAUUAGUACUUUGUACUGACUUCUCCCACCAUUCCACUAAUUGCAAGUAAAACCGUUCCACUUUAAAGCCUUAAGGACACAACUUCUGGAAUAAAAGGGAAUCAUGAUGGAAUAUUUCCGUCAUGUGUCCUUAAAGGACCACUCUAGGCACCCAGACCACUUCAGCUUAAUGAAGUGGUCUGGGUGCCAGGUCCCUCUAGGAUUAACCCUUUUUUUUAUAAACAUAGCAGUUUCAGAGAAACUGCUAUGUUUAUAAUAGGGUUAAUCCAGUCUCUAAAGCCUCUAGUGGCCGCUAGAGGCGUUUGCGUGCUUCUCACUGUGAAAAUCACAGUGAGAAGACGCCAGCGUCCAUAGGAAAGCAUUGUAAAUGCUUUCCUAUGAGACUGGCUGAAUGCGCGCGCGCAGCUCCUGCUGCGCUUGCGCAUUCAGCCGAGGAGGCGGAGAGGAGGAGGAGAGCUCCCCGCCCAGCGCUGGAAAAAAGGUAAAAAAGGUAAGUUUAACCCCUUUCCUCGCCAUCCAGCCCUGAGGGGGCACCCUCAGGGCACUAUAGUGCCAGGAAAACGAGUAUGUUUUCCUGGCACUAUAGUGGUCCUUUAAGGGGUUAAAGCCAGGUGCCAUGUUUGGCAUGGUAUAUUGAAUACUCUAUCUUUAAGGUUCACUACCUUUCAGAAAUGACAACAUAGCCCUCUGUAAGUAAUAAACUUUCAGAUAUACACUGCUUGUCAAAUGACUAGUGAUGUAUAAGCAGCAUUUUAUAUUUCGAAUACAUAUCCAUGUCAUCAGUGCAGCUAUGGCUGUUGGGAAGUGAAGGAGAUUGAAUCGUUAAUGGAAUUUAAUGGAUCUAUACUGAAUGUCCAACCACAUUGCUUGGUUUAUUGGUCUAGCCACUGAGAUGUAGAAAUACAAUGGUCUACUUAUUGAUUACCAUAGCCCUUAAGUGUGUCUCCGGAUCACUCCUAUCCUGUAAUAAUAAAUAUUUCCUCCAAUAUAUUUCAGAUUAAAUUUGAAUGAAGACGAAUAUGUAAAGAUUUUCAAGUCUAUCAAUGGGUAAGUUGCACACACGUCUUUUAAAUAUCAUCCUAUUUUAAGGUUUUAUCUCUUAAUAUGCAUAAAACAACCUAUUUAUGUUUCUACACAGCAAUAUAUAAUGUCUCUAUGUCCAGCUCUGUAAAUGGUAGACUGUAUAAAAUAACGAAAAACGUAGAUGGAGGGGGACAAAGAAAAAUAGAAAAUGUGGCAAAGGGUAGUUUUGGUGUAAAGAGCCUGUCUCAGCACCCUCUCCUUUGUAAUUGCUGCCUUUUAUUUGAUAAGGCAGUGUUUACAUGUAUCCAUAAGAAACCCACUAGUGACUGGCACCCAGAUAACCACAAGAGUUGCUUCCUCCUUGCAGUCACUCUGGUUCAAAGAGGUUCCCUGUCUCUGUCACCUGCAUAUAUGUAUUCAUGAUGAAAGUUAACAAAACACUUCAGCUAUAAUCCUAUCACCUGAACGACAUGUCCAACAGAAGCGUCAUAGUAGUAGGCCAUUUCCUUUGGUUGCGGCCAAGUAUACGCGCGAUAGAAUUAUGAAUUAAAGUGACACUAUAGUCACCAAUACAACUUUAGCUUAAUGGAGCAGUUUUAAUGUAUACAUCAAGACUCCAAGGUUUCACUACUCAAUUUAGGUGUUAAAUCACUUUUGUUUCUGUCCAUGCAGCCCUGACUGUGACUCACAAUGCCUGUUUAGAAAACAAUUUGUUUCAUUUUCAAUCAGAUGUUAACUUGCUUUAGAAGUUUUCAUGUCUUGCUCUGUAAAUUGAAUUGUAAUCACACUACAGGAGGCUCCUGCAAGAUCUAGAAAUCUAACACUUAAACACACUGUGCAAUAAAGGAAGUAUAAAUGUUAGAUCUCAUUAGAUCAGGAAGUUUUUAAGAAGGCUGUGCAGUCACAUGCAGGGGGUGUGACUAGGGCUGCAUAAACAAAGUGAUUUAACUCCUAAAUGGCAGAGAAUUGAACAGUGAGACUGCAGGAGCAUGAUCUGUACACUAAAACAGUUUCUUUAAAGGAACACUAAAGUGUCAGGAAUACAAAUGUUUAAAAUAGAUGUUUAGGUUCCCAGCCCCUCUUGCCCCCUGUUAAAAAGGUCAUUACAUACCUAUUUUCAGCACCAUGUGAGUCUCCUCGCUGUUGGCCACACUACCGCUUCGCCUCCUUGGCUGAGAUCGUCAAGAUUUACAACCUCUGCCAAUCCAAUGCUUUCCAAUAGAAAAACAUUGGCAGGCUGUUGUGCAUGCGCGCCAAAACACCAACCUGCGUAAUUCAGCAUCUCCUCACAGAGAUGCAUUGAAUCAGUGCAUCUCUAUGAGGAACAUUCAGCGCCUCCAUUCUCUGUAAAGACCGUGUUUACAUUAAAAAGCCUGUAAGGCUUGGCAGUAGACUCCAGAACAACUACAUUAAGCUGUAGUGGUUCUGGUGACUAUAGUGUCCCUUUAAGAUAUCAAUGGAGUUUUGGUAGCCGUGACUGCUAUGAGCUUAGGCAGCAGAUUACUUUAUCUUCAUUUAUCUUUUUAAUAACAAUUGUGGGAACAUCAUGAUUGACUCAGACAGUUGCGAGUUGGGAGACACUGGGAGUUCCUCUGUUUUUUUAAUUUUAUAUUUAUUUUGUUUUCACAUUUAUAAACUAUAUAAUGCAAGAUAAUGUGGAUGAACGCCAGCCUUUUAAUAUGUUGAUAAUUUACUAUUUCUCGUUUAUUUAGGGGAGACCUCUUGUUUUCUGAUGUAUUUUCUGGCAGUUUUAUUGAAUUCAUAUAAAUACUAAUGUAAAUGUUUUCUGGGUUUUACAUUUCCCAAGUGUCCUAUUUCCCGGAGGAGCUGCUGAUCUCCUGACUUCCGACUUUGCAAGAACAGCAAAAAUAUUUUACAAACUGGCUAUUGAGGUGAGCACUUGAAUGGAGGCUAAAUAUUACGCAAUGCAAUUUAAACUAUGUUUCUGGCAAGUCCCUGCUUGCUAACUUCUCAGCAAUUUGCAUAAGUGAAGAAUAUUUUAUAUUCAGGUAUAAUUUAACUGAAAACACAUCUUCUUAGAGUUCUGACUUAUAGUAUUGAGGGAAUGGUGCGGGCUAAGAAAUAACUUGGAGUGUUCUCAUAUGUUUAUAUGGUAAUUUAACCUAAUAUAAUAUUCUAUCAGAUUAAUGACGAUAGAUAAAAUAUAGCCAGAUUAGCUUUAUAAAACCACAAUGCCUUUAUCCCUUCAAUUUACUCAAAACUGCUUUAAAUGACCUCCUCCCUUGGGCUUUCACAGUGGGCUAAGUCCCCCACCCAUGUAGCUGGCAAUACUCUUGAUCCUAUUUUCUGUCAUGAAUGUACAAUCUCUAAUCUCUGCAACACUCCAAUUCCUCUCUCAGAUCACCACCUGUUAUAAUUUGCUCUCAAUAGCCCUCUACCCCAUCAUCCUCAAUCUAACCCCCUUCAACUAAGAAGAAAUCUGAAUUCUAUUGACCUCCAGCAGCUGUCAGCUAAUAUUGAUUCCCAACUUCUAUCCAUCCCUACUUUCUCCAUUCCCUUACUGGCUAUCUCAUAUAACACUACCCUCACCUUUGCCCUGGAUUCUGCAGCCCCGCUCCAAACAUGCACCUUGAGGAAGACACGCCCCCAACCUUGGCACACUAAAUUAACACGCUACUUGCAGAGAUGCUCCCAUUCUGCUGAACGCUGCUGGAGGAAGUCACGCACCCAGUCUGACUUCCUCCACUACAAAUUCAUGUUGCACAGCCCUUGCCCUCGCCAAACAGUCAUACUUUCCUCAUACUUUAGCUCAUGCUCCCGCAAUUCCAGAUGUCCUUUUAAUACCUUUAACUCUCUUCUUUGCCCUGCUGUGGCUACCCCCCCCUAAACUAACCUUACAACCGAUAGCUUUGCAUGCUAAUUUACCAACAAGAUUGAACAGCUAAGGAAAGAAUUCUCCCCUCCUUGCUGUUCUCUUUCUCAACCACACGUAGAUCAUGCCUUUCCUACCCUUUAGACUUUCUCCCCAGCUACCGAACAAGAGGUGGCUGCGCUUCUCCUUUCCUCUUGACCCACCACUUGCCCGCUUGAUCCUGUCCCGUCUCACCUUAUCAGAUCUCUCUCCUCGUGUGUUGUGCCUUCCUUAACACUCAUCAUCAACUGCUCUCUCUCUCUCUUCUGGUGUUGUCCCUGCUGCCCUUAAACAUGCUACUGUAGAACCCAUCUUAAAAAAACCAAAAAACAUCUCUUGACCCGUCCUCCCCUUCUAACUAUUGUCCGAUACACCUGCUCCCUUUUUCCUCAAAGCUUCUGGAAAGACUUGUCUUUACCCGUCUGACUUGCUUCCUCAAUUCAAACUCUCUUCUUUACACUUUUCAGUCUGCCUUUUGCCCCCUCCACUCUACUGAGAUUGCUCUUAUUAAAGUCACUAACAACCUAAUCGCAGCUAAAUCCAAAGGGCACUACUCUAUACUAAUUCUUCUUGACCUCUCUGCUGCCUUUGACACUGUUGACCAUGUUCUCCUUCUCCAAACUCUUCAAUCACUCGGUCUCUGUGACACUGUCCUCUCUUUGUUUUCCUCCUAUCUCUCCCAACGCUCAUUUAGUGUCUCCUUUUCUAAUGAUACCUCCUCCCUUCAUCCUGCCUCUGUUGGAGUCCCCCAAAGCUCUGUGCUUGGUCCCCUUCUAUUUUCUCUUUAUACUGCCUCUCUUGGCAAACUUAUUACCUCAUUUGGAUCCCAAUGCCACCUGUACGCUGAUGGCACUCAGAUAUACCUCUCCUCCCCGGACCUCUCCCCUGCCGUCCUGCAACAUGUCACUGCCUUUCUUCCAUCUCUGAUUGGAUGUCCUACCACUUUUUGAAACGCAAUCUCUCUAAAACUGAACUCCUUUUCAUCCCCCUCUUUAGCUCUCCCUUCAAGUGAGUGGUACCGACAUCAGUCCAUCCUUGUAAGUGUGCUAUCUUGGUGUUAUACUUUAUUCUGGCCUCACGUUUGAGCCUCACAUCCAGUCUGUUACCAAAUCCUGUAGAUUCCACCUUAAAAACAUAGCCCGCAUCCGCCCCUUUCUUACACAAGAUGCUACUAAGGAGCUUGUCCGUGCUCUAGUAAUCUCUUGCAUGGAUUAUUGUAACUCUCUCCUAAUAGGUCUUCCCACAAGUCGUAUUGCCCGGCUACAGUCUGUAAUGAAUGCUGCAGCUAUACUUUUUUUCCUCUCCUGUCGCUCCUCUCACACCUCUCCCCUCUGUCAGUCACUGACCAAUUCUACCCCCUCCUAUAUUUCUUCACUGAUCCACAGGUAUGCCCCUUCUCGGUCUCUCUGCUUUGCCUUCUACUGUCUGCUGCUCGCACCCGUACAGCCAACUCACGUUUGCAGGACUUCUCGCGGGUUGCUCCUUUCCUAUGGAAUAGCCUGCCUACCCCCAUCAAGCUCUCCCCUAGUCUUCAAUCAUUUAAAAAGUGCCUCAAAACCCAUCUCUUUAGGAAAGCUUAUGGCCUCCCAGAGUAACCUCUGCCUCACAUACCUGUCUCUUGCUCUCUCCUAAAGAGCAGCACUCUAUUCUCUCCUCCAGCUCUGCUUCACUCCACCUUGUUUGAUUGCUACGUCCUGUCCUGUUGUGUUUUAUACCCCACCUCCUAUAGACUGUAAGCUUGUUUUAGAGAAAGGUUCCUCAUCAACCUAUUGUUCCUGUAAGUUUUUGUAAUUAUCUCAUUUAUUGUUAAAUCUCCCCCUCUGAUAAUAUUGUAAAGCUCUAAGGAAUAUCCUAUCGCUAUAUAAAUACCAGUAAUAAUAAUCAUAAACGUGCCAGGCAUAUAGAAUGACAUACAUAUACAAUAACCAUCCUGAAUUCCUGAUUCAAAGUGUAACAAUUAGCUGAACAUUUCAUUGAUUACAAUAGUGAUUUCCCCAGCAUGUCCUUUAAUGCCCAGUGUUCCUAUUUACACUUACUCAUGCACUAUGCUCUAUACUAAACUUUAAUUUUGUGUAUAGGACUUUGCUGAUGUACACCUGUCAUACGAUAACUGACAAAGACGCUAAGCUCCUGUGUUCUGAGACACGCACAGAUUAGACUGAUUGAGUUCUGAAAUACUACAAACUUCUAACAAGUUGCUGAGCCCAUAAAUAAUUCAAAAGUCUAAUAGCAUUAUGUAUAUCAUAAAUAAAACUAUUAAUAAAACGAACAAAAAAAGUUUUGCAAUGUUAGAUUUUCUUAGGGGUGUAUGCAACAGAAGACAAAAUCAACCAAUCAUUGACUUUCUGUGCAAAAAGUAUCAUCAUUCAUAUAACAUUAUGUAUUGCUGUUAGUCUACUGCGCAUGUAUAGCACGGCUUAUCUUAAAUCUGCAGUCUGAGUAUCUCUGUGUCAAUUUGACCUAUGAGAAUAAAAAGGGAGUUGCUGCUUGUAACAGAUAGCAGACAAAGAGAAAAUUCUUGCUUUUAACCCCUGCAGACGUGGAAAGACUUAACUAGGACAAAGGCUUUUAACCCUUUUAUUUACCUCUCUCUAUGACAAGUCCCCUUUUCUGACACUGCAGGAGAGAGGGUGAGGCAAGGUAUAUCCAGAUGUACAAAUUACACCUGUGGGACUUUAAUUAGUGCUUCAUCUCUAUUCCCUUGCCGUCACACAACCACAGAACCAUCAAGAAAGAACUGUCCAGAUAUUUCUAGAUACUGGAUAAUAUAUACGUCUCAUUAUGCAAUACAUCCAUAAGUUAAUAUAUAUAUAUCUUUAUAUAGCUCUGUAUGUCUAGGGGAAUAUUCACUAAGCAUUGCAUAGGUAAAACAAUUCAUUUCCCAUCAGAUCCACCGCAUCCCUUGUUUGCUAUAUGUUUAUCUAUUAUAACUUCAUAUUUUUCCUUUUUUUUUUUUUUACUCUUCCCAGGCAACUUCCUCUGGUAAUUAUUUUCCAGUUUGGGGGACCUGUAUGGGAUUCCAAAUUCUUACCGCACUCACCUCUGGGGAGGAUUUACUAAGCGCCACAUCUGCCGAUAAUAUCUCAUUACCACUUCAGCUGAUUAAUGGUAAGCAGUAUAUCCUGCACUAAACAACUCUUCACAUCAGUUACGUUCAAAUAAUAAAGUUUUACAGAGAGAAUACUGCGGACAGUAAUAAUUGGGUGCUGAAGAUCUUUCUAGUGACCACUCUGAUGGCCUUAGUUAAAAAUUCUAAUUUACAUUAAUCUCUCUAGAGGCUAUGGGAAAAAAAGAGAAAUCGUACUGUAGACAGCCCCUAAAUUAUGGAAGAACUGAAAUAAAUGAGAAAUUAAACCAAACCAGUCUAAGUGAGCCUGCUCAGUGUAUUCAUGCCUAGACAGUGAAACUGAUGAUUUGGUUAAUGCAAUAAUUGCAAACUCUACUGAAACUUCAAGAUUAUAACUUUUAUUCUACGCAGGGUCAACUCUGUCUAUGAGUUUGAUACAAUAAUACCAUGUAUUUAUCAGACACUUGGCAAAAAAAUACAACAGCAUUCCAACACUCUUCUCUCCUUUAUGUAGGCAUCACGCUCAAACAACAUUUUGGCCUCACACUGGGCCUUUGUCAAACUUAAAGAAGCUCUGUAACCUUCGGGGUCUUAGCAUAAUUUACAGAUACCCCAAUGGUUACUUUACUGCUUGGUGUGCUGUGGCCACACGGUGCAGGGAAUGCAAAUUUGACCUAUCUGAUGCUGUAUCUCUAGGCAGCCGUUACCUGCAUCCGUUGAAUCCUCUUCUGCUCCUUGGCCUUCAUUUGCUAGGAGCCCACAUCAGUGCUGUACUCUUGUGCACGUCUGAGAGUGCUAAACUGAGGUCAAAGGAGGUUCCCACGAGACCCUCAGUAGAUUCACAAUGAGCAAAACAAUGCCUUAUUCCUUGCUAGAGAUGGCUGGUAGAAGUGACAAAACUUGACAAAUACACCACCACCUUUUUGUCAAGCAGAGGAAAAAGACUAAAGGCAAAGUGGGCCCUACUUUACCUUAUGUAUUUUAGUAGAUAAGAUUGAAAAAUAAAAAGAAUUACACAUUAGAAGUGAGGAAGAGAAGAGGAACAGACUUAAGCAAAAUAAGUAUAGGCCGACAGACGCUUUAACCCUGAAUUAGAGGUUUCCUUUUAUUGAAGUUACUUGGUUAUGUGUACCCUGCCAAGGGCAAGAGAUGUGAGUGCUCACCCUACUUUAUAUAUUUUAAAUCUGCACAUCUGAUGUUUUGUUAACACCUUAAAGGAACACUUUAGUGUUAGAAAUACGAAGAUGUAUUCAUAACACUAUAGUGUCCCUCUGCAUCCAUGGCCCUCCGGUCCCUGAAAGGAUUAAAAACCCUUUUUUUCACUUACCUGAUUCCAAUGCACUUCUCCUCCACCAAUGUCAGCCGAUGGGGGAAAACGAAUGCACAUGUGCGGCGAGUAGGAAAGCAUUGACUUUCCUGUGAUGAAGUGGUCUGGAUGCCUACAGUUUCCCUUUAACUGUGAACAAUGUGCAGAUCUUAUGUAAAACCAUAAAUUACAAAAACACACAUGGCACAACAGCAAGUAUAUUUGAAAGUUGAUGUCAAGGUCAGACUCAUGUUAAGUCUGAACUUUUGCUAUGUAUGCAUUUUAACAUAACCUGUACUGUUUUUUUUGUAUGGAAGCCUUUAUGUUUGAUGAACAGAAUUUUGUUACUGAGCUUUUAAGAUUAGUGUCCAUAGGGAUUGUAUCUAUCACUUUGUGUACUCUGAUCUAGAUAUCUCCUCCAGCAAAAUGUUCCAAAGUGCUUCUCCGGAAUUAUUGCAGGCCCUGAGCCAUGAAAAUAUAACCGCAAACUUCCACCAUUUUGGGAUUACACCGGAGGUAAGAAACACUAGGCAGAAAUAAGACUUUCUAAACAAUAGAAUAGGGUUACGCUGUAUAAAUUAUAUAGGUAGUCUUUAUGGUGUAAUAGCAGGAAUAUUUUAAAAUACAGGAACAUUUCAACUUUCCUAGUAUUAAUACUGUUCCCCAUGAUUAUGAAAUUUGGUGAACAUGCAUUUUGAACAACUUUAUAUUCUACUUGUCAGCUGUGAAUGCACAACACCAGCAAGUGUUUUUGUGAACGUUUAAAAUGAAUUUUAGUAAUUUUCUUUAGUUUUGCGAGAAUGCAGGUGCUUUUUUGAUAAAAAAAAUAUAAAGUGAAAAUCAGCUGGAAACAUACUCCUUCACUCUGGCAUGCCAAACACAGUGAGAAUUAAAGGGACUCUCCAGUGCCAGGAAAACAGUCAGUUUUCCUGGCACUGCAGGUCCCCUCUCCCUCCCACCCCCCAUCCCAUGUUGCUGAAGGGGUGAAAACCCCUUCAGUGACUUAGCUGAGACCCCCGCCGAUGUCCCUCGGGGGUGGUUUUGGGUCGCCGCCACUCCUCCCCUUCAUCACAUCAGCCUGCGGGGGAGACUGAUCCUGCCCGCCGGCUGAGGAGACCUAAUGCGCAUGCGCGGCAAUGCAACGCAUGCGCAUUAGAGCUCUCCGUAGGAAAGCAUUAAAAAUACUUUUCAAUGCUUUCCUAUAGGUAAUUGAGCGACACUGGAGGUCCUCUGUGCUAUGAAGCAGGAAGUGCCCUGUAGUGGCUGUCUAGUAGACAGCCACUAGAGGAGGAGUUAACCCUGCAAGGUAAUUAUUGCAGUUUAUGAAAACUGUAAUAAUUACAGUUGCAGGGUUAAGGGUAGUGGGAGUUGGCACCCAGACCACUCCAAUGGGCAGAAGUGGUCUGGGUGCCUGGAGUGUCCCUUUAAUCAGCUAAAGCUCUUCAAAACAUGGGCCAGGAGCUGACACGUCAAUAGCCCCUUUGUUAAUCUGGCCUAAACAGGUCUUGACCAUGGAGUGAAAGGUGGGGUUCAGUAAAUGGGUUGGGAUUUCAUAUUGAAAUCCUGUGGGAGGGGAAUGUCCAAUGAUGACUUGUAUUGUAGAAAUGUUUGGAGGAGGCAUGGCCCAGGGCAGUAAGGUUAUGCGUCUCGAUUACCACAUUGGCUUUACAUACAAUUAUAGGUUAUAUUUGUAUUUUUCAGACAUUUCUAGCCAAUGAGAAGCUGUCUAACUUUUACCGAAUUCUUUCUACAAACCGUGAUAAGAAGGGAGUGGAGUUUGUGUCUACAAUGGAAGGUGAGCUGAACCAGCAUGUAGUGUUAUAAAGAUUAUAAAAGAAAGUGUUUUGGACAUUAUGAGUUGUUGGCCCAGCUUCUGCAGGUUUCCUCCAUCUUCUUCAUACAUAGCUAUACAGUUACGAUAUUAGUCCUUUUAUUUAGCGAAAGCUGAAUAGUUUUACUUCAAUUAAUAACAACAUAUAUGAGACUAGUACACAUAGAACUAAUGAAUUAUUCAUUGUGAUGAGACACAGGGCUUUUAUGAUUGACAGGUGAGAAUUUUUAAUUAUUCCAGAUAAACGAGGACUGGGGGAAAUACUACAUACAGAGCUUAUGCUGUGACUGAUUGGUUGAAUGGGAACAAAUUCUCACAGACACAAUCCAAAAUCCAAAAUCUUGCAGAAAGCCUUGUCAUGAGAAUGUCAGCUGUUAUAGGUCAUGGUUUGAGAAUGGAAAAACUAUCCAAAAUUAUUGGUUGAUUGAGGAUACUUUAAGACUUUUAAAAUCCUUAUUUUGGGUGAAACAUCACAAUUAAAAAUGAAUUUUUAAUCCAUAGCUCGUAAUUUUCCUAUAUAUGGCGUUCAGUGGCAUCCAGAGGUGAAUCGCUUCCAGUGGCACAGAGAUUUAGCGUAUCCACAUUCUGAAAAUGCAAUAUGGAUUUCACAGUACAUGGCAAACUUCAUCAUCUCUGAAGGUAAAUACAUUGUCUGCGCCAAACAAUGAUUUUAUGCUCUUUAAUACCUUUAUUCCACUGCAUAUUUCAUUCAUGUAGUUGCAUAAUGUUUCCUUGCUAACCACAGCAGCAUAUAUCAUUGGGUAACUCUUACCCUCUCCCCUCUGUUGAUAAUGUAAAGGAAAGGUGUUAAAGCAAUGUUAUAAUCACCCAGACCACUUCAUCUCAAUGAAGUGGUCCAGGGUGCAGUGUCCCUGUCCUUUCAAUCCUACAAUCCUUCAAUGUCUACAAGUCUACCUAUUGUGACUGUCAGUAUGACAGCGACCAGAGGCCAUUCCACUGCACUGACCUAGUAAAAACUCAGUCACAUGACGAGGAAGCCCCCAUAGGAAAGCAUUUCCCAUAAGGAAGGUUGAAUGCACUUGCCGCGCAUUCAAGUUCCAUCUACGAAGAGCAUUGGAGUGUACCGUAACUGAGGAGGCCAUGCCUCCUUCUCCAUGACAUCGCUUGAGGUGGAGAGUAAAAUAAUUUAUUUUUUAUAUUUUCAAUGCAAACAUGAGGUGGGGACCUGUGUAGAGCUAGGGACAGGGACACUAUUGCAUUAUGAAUUGUAUUCCUAGCCCUACAGUGUACCUUUAACACUAUUCUGACUAAAACAAGCAUGCCAUUCCCUCACAGUAGUAUCAGAUCCCUGCCCAAAAAAAUCUGCACAUAGAAUAUGUUUGUCUUGUGGGGAUUCUCAAAACUUUCAAAUUCCACAGUAGAUAUAUCUGUAGAACUGCCAGCGUGAAUUAACUUGUUUGGGACAGGAUUCCACGCAUGGAGGUAGACCAAUCAUUUAGUAACACUACCUAUCUGAUGUAAAUAUAUAAAGAUUGUUUGCCACAUUGACAUUAUCUAUAGAAAGAUGGUACAGGUAUAAUUUGAAAAUGAAACCAGGUUCUAAAUUAUAUUUACACCUAAUCUUCUGGUAUCUCCUUUCAGCUCGGAAAAAUCUGAAUCACUUUGCUAAUGAACAGGAAGAGGAGAAAUCUCUGAUCUAUAACUAUGUUGCCAAAUAUACUGCCAAUAUUAGUGGAUAUGAACAAGCCUAUUUUUUCUAG